GUUCUCAGCGGUCGCUUUAUUUCAGCGUCACGGCGUGGCUUGAUGACGUCUCUUCUCGCCAACAUGGGGAAGAAACAACGUGGGGAAACUUCCUCGUCGUCGAAAACGGCGAGUAUCGUAAACCAGACAGAAGAUUUUAGUUUAGUGCUCGCAUCCAGCGACGAUGAGGCGCCCGAAGAGGUUACGUUUGAAGAGUCGAAGGCGCAGGCUCUGCGGAGCAUGAAGCAGGCGCUGCACACGGCCAGAAGGGAAAAAGAGUUACUGAAAGAGAAAAGAAGGAAGAGACAAGAAUUGUUCCAGGAACAGAAGAAAAGGAAACGGUUACCGGCUGACGUGUUGGAGGAAAUCGACUCGGCUGCUUCAAAGAAGCAGAAACAGUCUGAAGACGAAGCUGAAGAGCAGGAGGCUGAAGAGGAGAAGAGGAAGAGUGGGAAACUCUCCCGAAACCUGAAGGGGAAGUACACGGUGACGACGGUGAAGGUCCGAGCGUCAGAUGCCUUCCAGAAGCAGGUGGCCGAAGAUUUCAUCCGGUCCCGACUGUACGGAGCAGGAAGCUGCAGGACCACAAGCAACGAGCUGCUCUCCCUCCAGAACAAGAAGGGCCGAAACAGAAGUGCAGCGGUGAAGUUUGUCAACAAAGACUGGGCGUGUAGCGAGAAGGCCAAAGCAGAGAAGUUGAAGAAGCGGUGGAUCCACAAGCAGCAGAUUCCCUCCUGACGACUGUAAACCCUCGACCCUCCGCUGCUCCUCCUGCACACGGAGCGAUGACGGCCGUCUGGAACACGUCGUUUAAGCUUCGGGACAACAAAUGAUAUGGACUUAUGUGGACGCCCGGAUCACCAAGAGUCAAGCUCCCGAGGAGAACGUGCAGAACAGACUGAUUCACUGAACACGUUAAUGUUGUUCUAUAACGUUAAACAUUUAUAGCUGAGAAUCCUUUUCUGUGAAAUGACUAAAUAAAAACUUGUAUCUUUAACACUGAGCUGCAGUUUGAAGUAAACGGACCUUUAGUUUCUUUGUGUUCGAAUAAACUUACAAACUGCAAUAAUAUCGUUCGACUAUUUUGAAUGUUAGUUGCUGGUUUCAGAACUUCUGUCAAUAAAGUGCUUUUUUUUUCUCCA